AUGGCCGCCCACCUCCCCACGCCCCCCGCCGAGCCCCAAGAGCCCCGAGUCCGCGCCGCCCAGGCCACGGUCUACCUCCACACCCCCUUCCACCCCAAGUCCGAAGCAUACGCCGCCACCCGCUUCGCCCGCCUCCUCCGGCCCAGCGACGGCCCAUGGCAAGAACUCAUGCCCCAGAUCGACGCCAUCCUACUCCGAACAGGCACCAUAACCCCCGAAAUGAUAAAAGCCGCCCCCAAAUGCCGUAUCAUCUCCCGCAACGGCACCGGCUACGACAACGUCCCCAUCCCCACCUGCCUCUCCAACUCGAUUGCCGUCACCAACGUCCCCGGCGGCAACGCCCCCGCCGUCGCCGAGCUCGCCCUCGCCCUCAUGCUCACCGUCCUCCGCCGCGUGCUCGAAGUCGACCGCCGCAUCCGCGCCGGCGAGCGCGUGCCUUCUAUCAACGCGCUGAGCCCCGGGCUGGGGGGCAAGGUCGUCGGGUUGGUGGGGAUGGGGGAUAUAGCGUACGAAGUUGGGAGGCUUGUGCUGGCGUUUGGGUGCAAUGUCGUCGUCUUCUCGCCCUCUUCGCCCCUCACCCGCUGGACCGCCUCCUCCCCCUCCUCCGCCUCCAAACCGCCCCUCCCCCACACCCGCGCGUCCUCCCUCGAAGACCUCCUCCGCCAAGUCGACGUCGUCUCCCUGCACUGCCCCCUCAACGACAGCACGCGCAACUUGAUAGGGGAGAAAGAGCUGGGGUGGAUGAAGCCCACCGCGGUGGUCAUCAACACCGCGCGGGGCGGCAUCGUCGACGAACGCGCCCUCGAAACCGCACUCAAAGCGGGCAAGCUCGGAGGCGCGGGGCUGGACGUGUUUGAGGUCGAGCCAGCGUACGGCGAGUCGCUGGGCGAGCUGAGGGAGCUGGACAAUGUCGUACUCUUGCCUCAUCUCGGCGGCAGCACCGACGGCGUAACUCUCGACGGCUGCAAUAAAGCUAUCGACAUCAUGGUCGACUAUCUCGACGGCAAGGGCGCUGUCAACCGCGUCGUCUAGAGUCGUCUAGGUCGUAUAGAGCGUAUAGAGGGUAUAGAGGGUAUAGAGGGUUGCCGUUCUUAAGUUCUUGGGUUCUUAGUUGUACGGUGGUAUAGAAUGAUCAGCGUCUAGACAUGACACUGGGUUAGACUGGGUUAGAUCUCAGCAUUUAGAGAAUUCUACAGUACUCGUACGAGUACGAGUAUACCUUAUAAAGAUCGUAUGGAUUGAACGACCAUUGUCGGCACUUGAGC